UCUGCAAAGUUUAUAAGUUAUAUUGGGGUUGUGGCAAAGACAACUGUACCUAUCACGCAGAAAUCUUGGCGCAAAGUUGAUCAAGCCACGAAGGACAUUGUUUGGGAGACUGUAUCUUCAGGAUUUGAAAUAGACGAGAGCAAGAAGGAUUUUGUCCUUCAAAAGGCUGGGAGGGCAUUACGGUCUUUCAGACAUUUUAUUACACAAAAAUAUUUGAAAGACCCUGAUGCUGAAUUUGUAGCCCAAGUUCCUCCCCUAUUACAGCCUUUAGUAAAGCAAGAAGAUUGGGAUGCUUUUGUUGUCUCUCGGCGCGAGAAGGAAUUUAAGGAACUGAGCGCCCAAAAUAAGAAGAGAGUGGCCAAGAAUGAAUACCCUUACAGAGCAGGGAGGUUAGGGUAUGCAGGCGUGGAGCAGAAAGAAGUUGAGGCCGAGGGAUCGGAUGUUACUAUAUCCCGCCAAAGACUCUGGGCAUUGGCACGAACAAAUAAAGAUGGAGUGAUUGACAACCCUCGUGUGAAAGAGGUUGCUGAAAAAAUUGAUUCCCUCUCUCAAGAAGUAUCACAGGGCAAGCUUCCUGAGCAUGAGGAUAUCUUAGCUAGAGCGUUGGGGACCCCUGACCACCCUGGUCGUGUUAGGGGUGUUGGCUUCGGUGUCACAAAGAAGCAAUACUUUGGCAAGAUUAAGAAGCGAACAUCGGCUUCUUCAUCCGAGGUCCAAGAGUUGAGAGAAGAGCAAGCUGUUAUGAAGCAACAGCUAGAAGCCCAAGCAAAGUUAAUUGACAUGCUAUUGAAGGGCCAGAUCCCUGGGAGGCUUUUGGGUGACGUUAGCCCCAGCGGAAAAGAUAGCUGCACAGUCCCUUCAGACAAAAUACCCGAGGGCGAGAAUGACUGCAACUGUUUAGCAGACAAUCCGUCACGCAAAGUAGUUGCAACGGGACGCGUGUAUAACAUUGCCGGGGACACAAUCCAUAACCUUCCCCUCCCGCCCGAUUGCAUUAGGGUUUCCUUGCUUGUUGCAAUCGACCCCAAGUAUCCAUUACCUUAUCCUACCGAUGAGAUGCAGACGGUAGGAGAUGCGUUGGGGAGCUUCGUUGCAUGGCCCAGCCACCUUGUUAUGGUUGGUACACCAAAGCCGACAAAGGACCCAAAGCCGCCAAAGGACCCCUUGCCACCAAAGAAAAAGCCAAGGGGGAAAAGCAAAUUGAAGGAUAAGGUGUCGGGCCAUACUAAAGAGUCAGUCACGGUUUCGCAACAUGCAGUGCCUAUGCCUGUUGUAGAAAACAAAUUCCGUGACUCUCUUGAGACCUAUGCUUCGGCUACGAGGAUGAUUCGUCAAGAGCCGAUAGGGGAUAUCAUUAAUUUUGACGAUGGGCUAUUUGGUAGAGCAUCAUUUGAAGUCGUUCGGGAUGAAAUUUUGAAUGAAAUCCUCAAGCACGAUAUGGCGAGCACUAGUUUGAUGACUUUCUACAUGAGUCACCUUUAUACCUCAUUCGUGGUUCCUGGUGGCCUCGAGUCAAAGAUCAAGCUGGUUAAUCCUCAUGAUGUCUCUCCCCACAAUAAUAUUACAAAGGAAGCCCUUGAAAAUCAAGCAAGAAUGCUUUCGGAUCAAUUUCGAGAAAGGGGAGCAGCGAAGGAUACUUUAUUUCUCGCUCCUUACUGCCAAGGGGGACACUGGAUGCUUAUUGUGGUUAAUCCCGUUGCUCCAAAAAUAUGGUAUCUCGAUCCCCUUAAUGGAGAGCCAAGCAACAGGGAAGAUAUGGUGGUACUUUUUAAUGAAGCUGUGGUGUUGUAUCGCACUGCGACCGACAUGACUGUGUCCCCUAAGAUGAGGGCAUUCGAAUCUUCAGAGAAAUGGGUCACUGUUAAGUGUCCAUUCCAGCCAGAUCAGAGCAAUGACUGUGGUUAUUGCUUGAUGAAGUUCAUGAAGGACAUUAUCACUCAUGCCCCUACCACAUUAUCUAACAAGUACUUCGAGGACGUCUAUUGCGUUCGUUAUACGACUGCACAUGUAGAAGAGGUCCUUGAAGAGGUGGCCCAAUGUGUUUUCAAUAUGUGGGUAGCAACAGUAGUUAGGCCGGUACAAUAGUUAGUUACAUUUAUAUACACAUUUUUGGGCCAAUUUUUAUGGGAUAGGCCACUUAAUUUUGAAACAUUAGUUUGCAAAUAAGUUUAGAUUUUAAGGUUAAAUGUAUAGGAAUUUUUAUGUUAAUUAGAUAGGAGAUACUAUUACAAACAUUCAUUAUAUUGCA